AUGGAACAUGAAGAAAUAGAACAUAUUGAUAAAUCAUUAUCUACAAAAGAUAAUGAAGAACAACAAUCUUCAUCUUCAAAUGAAUAUGACGAUGAAUUAACAUCAUUAAAAGAAAAAUCAAUUUCUAUUGCUUUCAAUAAAAUAAAUAAUGAAGAUCUUGAUAAUAAACGUCGAAAUCUAUUAAAAAUCCGUUCUGUUAGUUUUGGUCCAACAGUUGAAGAAUAUGAAAUACCAGCACGUUCUUCAGUUUUAUCUGAUUGUUCAUCUGAUUAUAUUGAUGCAUUAGUUGAUAGUUAUAAAUUGCAAACAUCAAUUAAUUUACUUCCAUUAAACCAUUCACAUGGUCGAAAAUAA